GUGGAUGACCUGGGUUGACCCACUUUGACCGGUCUCUAGUCAGCUAUUUUUUUCCGAAAUCACUGCAGCGUGACAGGGAAGGUCGAUGGUACAAAUUCUUGUUCGGAUCUACGAAAUUAUACUGGAUUACAUUAUAAAAUGAAGUUCACGUUUAAGGAAGAGAAUACAUUUGAAACCCGUAAAUGUGAGUCGGAUAAAAUACGUUCCAAGUAUCCUGAUAGAAUUCCAGUUGUGGUUCAGAAGGCUCCAAGAAGCAACAUCCCGGAGAUAGACAAAGAGCAAUUUCUUGUCCCCAGUGACCUUUCAGUGGCUCAGUUUAUGUAUAUCAUCAGGAAGAGGAUUGAGCUUCCUCCCGAGAGGAACCUCUUCCUUUUUGUGAAUAAAGUUUUACCAACAACAAGUGCCACCAUGGGAAGUAUCUAUGAAGAACACAAAGACGAGGAUGGCUUCCUUUAUGUAGCUUACAGCGGAGAAAACACAUUUGGCUGAGACGAGGCCCAGUAUUCUCCAUGGCCUGUUUUUAUAUGGCACUACACCUUAUUGAGCUUGUGCCAUCUUAUGUAAGCGGCCUGCCACCUUAAAUUUUUAGCAAUGAGCAAAUGUUAUUUUUGUGGAAAAAGGAGAUAUUAAACUUGGUCUUUUUUUAACUUGACUAUUUUUUUUAAUCCUUUCAACACAUUGCCAACCAAAUGCUGCAGCUGACAGUAGACAUGCAGUCUCAAAACAGACAGUGAGUUUACCUGUAGUGAGUUUUUUCUAAGUAUUUGGGGAGUGGCAGAUGUCAUUCCGGCAACACUCGAUCCUUACAGAAUAUCACUACAAUUAAGAUACUCAAUUUUGCUUAUUAGAACCUUUUACAGUGAGAAUUAAUGAAGUAAUUUUUCUUUAGUCAACAGCUUAAUAUUGUUUUACCUCCAAUAUUUCAAUGAAGAUGUUCUGUUAGAUAUCGAGAGAUUGGAAAUAAAACUGAAGAAAAGUUACUUCAUUCUUAUAACAUAACACAGCUGAUGAAAUUCUUCUCAGACUUUUACAGUGAAUUUACAGACCUGGUUAUCAUCAAUUUGUGGUAAAGUUUAUAAUUAUAGGAAACCAAAUUAUAAGGCGCUCAGAAGACUUGACAGUGUCAUUAUCUCCCCUUAAAAGAAAUUUAUUAGUACUGGGAAAACAAUAAUCGAAGGGAAUGUUUCAGUUUUUUCCCAAAUUAAACUCUUUAGUAUGAAUUAAAAACCUAAGUGAAAUUUAUGAAACUUCAGGGAAAUCUGACUACCGACCAUAAUAUUACUGCAAAUUUUCUUAAACGUAAAUGUUAGCUGCAUGAAGGCAAACUUUUUGACUUCCAUUUAAAAUCAUGCUGAGACUCAUUUUCCACAUAAAAUCAUAUAUUUGCUCAAACAACUACAGUAGGUGAGGCAAAGACAGAGGUACCAGCAGUCAAAAACUCAACGGACAUUAGUGCUCCUUGGUUGCAGGAGUGAGUGUGGCUUCGGCAUGAACCAAAGGAACGGCAGAGAAGACACCGAGCUGCUGCGUGGGGGAAAUUAUACAAACUGAAAGCCCUAGGAUUUUGAAUUGAGUAAAAUUUCACACUUAUAGCUAGGGUGUUAGAAACAGUGGAAUAUCUCAGCUAAUAACUGAAGCACUUAAUUAGACUUGAUGUUUUCGUUUUGAGAAAUAAAUUUCAAAUCAUGUGAGAUAUAUACA